AUUAGUUUACACUAGUAACGACGAAAUUUGGAACAAAAAUUUAAUAAACACUCGAAAUAGUUUUAAAGUAACUUUUAAACUAUUGGGAUAACAUUAAAUCCGUAUAAUAUCAGCAAUGACCCAGCCAGAACCGGAUAUCAGGUCAUCAAAAAGUGCUCAGAGUGGUCGAAGUAUCAAGAUUAAAAUUCCAACACCUGCUCCACUAAGAGGAGAUGAAUCACCUGUGUCAUACAAGUCUUUUAAAUCAGCCGGUGUGUCUCCUAUAAGAGGAGCAAGCGCGGCUUCUAUCAAACGAUCGGAAAGCGUAACAGUAAAAGUAGGCAUCGAUGGAGUCCUUGAUGAAGACCCUCCAAUAUCCAUAAGAUCAGCCCCGAGAACUUUCGGAGUAAGUGCUGCCAUCCGUAAAACACCUCAACGAAGUAAACCUCCUUCUAGGAGCCCAAUGUCCAGAUACGCUUUAAAGAUAGAAAGAGCAUGGAUAUCUUAUAGAAACCGUCAAAUGUUCAAAUUACUUAAGCAUUCUGUUUGUGUUGCGGAAAAUUCAUUGUCUCGUGAAAUUCUAAGAAAGGUUUGCCCAAAGGAGGCUGCGUUCUUUAAUGAUAAAAGUGUUUCUCUUAAAGUUCGCCUCCGGUUUGGUGGCUUAGAAUUUCCACCAAAAAUAUUCUUUAAGGUAUAUCUUUCCAAUAAACUAAACGUGAAGUAUGUAUCCGGCAAGAGGGCUAUAAAAGCUGGAUCGGAAGCCGCCAGGGAUGCAUGUGACUUGAUGGGCAGAAGAAAUUUUUAUGAUUUAAUCAUAAAAGAUUUAUUGCAUGAAAGGUCUCACGGAGUUAGUGAUGAGGUAGAUGUUACAACUCUUAAAGAUUAUAUGCAGUACACUAGUUUACUUGAUGAAAUGCCAGCGAGCAUGGGCGGCAAAGAGAACUGCUGGAGGCAGUUAACUUUAGAAAACCUAUCAAGGCAAACCUUAUUUUAUGAUGUAGUCGAUUUCCUAUAUAAUAAUCGACUAACUCAGAAACUUAUUGAUAACCUUCCUAUUCUUCUCUCAUUACCUAAUAAUGAAGAUGUUCAAAAGUUACAUGUUGAAGUAUUAUCGCAGUAUAGACCACCUAUUAAUAAGUUUAGACCUGUCAAUAUGACUGCAGUCACAUCAACAUCUAGAAGGUCAAGACAGGCUCUUGAAAGGGCGUCUAAAAUGCGAGAGUUAUAUACAGCAGGUGAGGAGACGCUCAUAAACGACGAUAAUGAGGAGGAAGAAUGGGAAAAGGAGGCUAAAGAACUUUUUGAAUGGACAAAAGAAUUAAGCUUUCAUGACGAUUUAAUUGAAACUCCUAGGCCAAUUAAUACAUCCCAUUAUAAUGUACGAACAAUGCAGGAGCAUUCGUACACAUUUUAAUUGAUUUAGGAAAAGAAUUAUUUUAUAAAAAUAACAAAA